CCAUCCUCAGUUGUUUCUCAUGAUCCGCCGCUACAAGACCACCAUCUUCACAGAAGCCAAGGAGUCGAGUACCGUGUUCCAGCUAAAGCGUGUUGUUGAAAGCAUCCUCAAGUGUCCUCCAGAAGAGCAGCAGCUGUAUAAGGAUGACCAGCUCCUUGAUGACCGAUCAACUCUGGGCGAGUGUGGCUUCACUAGCCAGACAGCACGGAUACAUGCCCCAGCCACAGUGGGCCUGGCCUUGGGUGCAGAUGAUACCUUUGAGGCCCUGAAUAUUGAGCCCUUCUCCAGCCCUCCCUAG